AUGGCUGGAACAGCGCGGCAUGACCGGGAAAUGGCAGUAAAUGCGAAAAAACAACUACAAGCCUGCUCAGACCCAGUGGAGCGCCUGAGACUACAGUGUUUGGCUCGGGGCUCAGCGGGCAUCAAGGGUUUGGGCAGGACCUUUAAGAUCAUGGAUGAUGACGACAGCAGGACGCUUGACUUGAAAGAAUUUAUGAAAGGCCUAAAUGACUUUGGUGUACUCAUGGAGAAAGAGGAGGCCAUGGCGCUUUUUCAGCAGUUUGACAGGGAUGGCAGCGGACAGAUUGACUUUGAUGAAUUUCUCAUAACGUUAAGGCCACCCAUGUCCAAUGCAAGAAAAGAGGUGGUUUUACAGGCCUUUAGGAAGCUGGAUAAGACUGGUGACGGUGUAAUCACUGUUGACGACCUUAGAGGGGUUUACAAUGCGAAAUAUCACCCGAAAUAUCAAAAUGGGGAAUGGACGGAAGAACAAGUGUUCCGCAAAUUCCUUGACAGCUUUGACUCUCCCUAUGACAAGGAUGGAAAGGUCACAAAAGAGGAAUUUAUGAAUUACUACGCAGGUGUCAGUGCUUCCAUUGACACAGAUGUCUACUUUAUAAUAAUGAUGAAAAACGCUUGGAAACUUAACUAA